AAAAAAAAAAAAAGUAAAAUAUACAAGCCUAACAAGACCCUUGACGUCACCCCAAACGCCCCGAUGUCCUCCGAGGAACCUCUCUUGGCCUGGCCUGGCCUCGUCCUCAGCCGGGGUCCUGGCACAGACUUGGUAUACCUGUUCGUGGCGGGCCAGCAACAUUUACAGCAUUUUAACACCACCAGCGUGGCUUACUAAUGCGUCCCCUGCAGGUGUGUUGGGUUGGGCGAGUACUGGAGACACAAGACAAAGGCUCCCCAGUGGCAGGCAGUACGAGCCUGUUCACCCGGGAAGGAUACAACAAAUCCUGCAAUAGAAAACGGAUGGCAAGGUGUAUUGAGGGGCGGCGGGAGUGGCAGCGCCGGGAGGGCAGUGCCGAACCGACCGUCAAGACAUGAGGAGUGCGACGCUCUGGUCCGCCCCUCGCUCCCGGCCGUGUAUCGACGUGGUGGUGCCGUGCCUCUCUGCCUGGCUGCACAUUGCUCACACUACCGACUAAUCAGUAGUGCACGGAAAGAAAGGAUUGCUGUUCACUUUUACUCUGGUGGGGGAGUGUGGAGUGGAGUGGCGGGGAAGGGGAGUGGUGCUGUUACUAUUACCGUGGUGGUUGUGGUGCAGGGAAGGGAGGUGACGGAGUGACUGGACCGCUGAAGAACCAUGACCUGCACCUCCCAUCACCUCGCGCACUGCCACAUGUAACACCGCAGAACUCACCCUCAGAGCUUCAGUGGAAGGGAAAGGCUCCAGUGUUCCUCAACAAACAUUCAUCCUCAGCCGGCACCUGUAACUUCCCUCGCACUUCUAUCAUGACGUGAGCCCGACUGUGGGGCGAGACCAUGUUGAUCUGCGCACUAGCCACCCUCGUGCUGCCUCUGCUGGGCUCAGGCCUGGUGGCGCCGGUGGGCGGGGAGGCAGGAGGAGGGAGGAAGACGCUGGCAGUGAUGGAGGUGGUGGAGGGAGCUGAAGGGGAAGGGGAAGGCGAGGGCGAGGAGGGCGGGGAUGGCGGUGACUCUCUGCUGGCCUUCCCCGACGACUCCCCCGCCUAUGAGCUCGACCAGCCGUACUUCGAUUACGAGGAGAGCGCCAACGUCACGGCCUUGCUGGGGAAGACGGCGCUGCUCAACUGUCGCGUCAAGAACAUUGGGAACCAGACGGUGUCGUGGGUGCGGCAUCGGGACAUCCACCUGCUGACGGUGGGUCGCUUCACCUACACCUCGGACGAGCGAUUCUCUGCCCGGCACACCGCGGGCUCCCAGGACUGGAUGCUGCUGAUCCACUAUUUGCAGAAGCGGGACGAAGGCAUCUACGAGUGUCAGAUCUCCACCACGCCCCCCGCCAGCCAUUUCAUCCACCUCUCCGUCGUGGAGCCCGAGACGGAGAUAGUGGGCGGGCCAGACGUGUACAUUAACACUGGGAGCCGCCUCGCCCUCACCUGCAGCGUUAAGUACAGCCCGGAGCCGCCAGCCUUCAUAUUCUGGUACCACAAUGAGAAGCUGGUGAGCUACGACCGGACGCGUGCAGGGGUGGUGGUGUCAACGGAGCGCGGCGUGGUGAGCACCUCUCGGCUACUGGUGCAGGUGGCAGAUACGCGUCACUCCGGCACCUACACCUGCUCGCCCGCCAACUCCAAGCCCAAGAGUGUCAAUGUGCACGUUAUUGCUGACCAGCCCGCCGCUAUUGUUCAUGAAAACCACGGCAGUGUUGGGUUACCCUCUCACUCCCUGCUCUUUAUUUGCCUUUUUUGUAUCAUGUUUUCGUUCUCCAUCAUCAGCUCCACUCCUGUGUCUCCUUAAAAAAAGUAUCCUGAGAAACACACACACACACACACACACACACACACACACACACACACACACACACACACACACACACACACACACACACACACACACACACACACACACACACACACACUCGUACACUCGUACACCAGACUAAGCUAGUGAUGCUUCCUGUUGGCACAAAGCUCAACAAGUGAAGACUUAAGUGCUACUUUUUUUCUGUUUUCCGAUGAAUUGGUCACCUAACAAGAGUCUUUUAUCUUCAUUCACAAAGCUGUCCUUGCAGAGAUACCAAACUUUCCCUUAGAACUCUUGGAGAAAAAGAAAGAAAAAGAAGCCAAGAGGAAAGCAGCGGGACACGCCAGCAAGUUUGUUUAAAGUUGGCUGGACUUGGAUAUCCCCUAAAGGCUUCUCGUCCAUCACGGCUGCGCAUCGCUUACAUCAUCCUGGAGAUACAAAAUGAUGCCAAACUUCCUUAAGUAUCAAUAUUUCAAUGAAACCGCGAGGAGAAUUUACCGAAACAUUCAAUAUUCUAUCCAUAAUGUUUUUUUUUUUUUUUUCCGUACAAUAUCGGGUAAGCCAAUCCACUAGCGAUCCAGACACACACAAAUAGAGUCGGAACCAGCCUUGUGUGAGUAAAGCUGAGUCAAGUGUGCGUUACAAUGACUAAUAAGACCAAUGCCAUAAACUUGAAAAGCUGAAUAUUCAUGAUAAUAUAACAAGCUUUCGUGUGUCUGGUUUUGAAGCGUUCUUGAGACUGCUGCACACCACGAGGAGCAGUUAUGUUGAUGCGUCACGAGUGCGGUGCAGGUGACCGUGUGUACUGCCAACAACUAAUGAGUGCCAGGGUGGCGCAGCAACCCCUGUGGUGGUGGUGUCAGGCACUGCCAUGCGUCUUUUUUUUCUGUGUUUUUGUUGCCUUACACCGAUUUCAUGCAUGACCGAUUCAGUCUGAUCAGUGAUAACGAUACUCUUUAAUCUUAUCGUAAUCCGGCGGUCCAAUUUUGUGUGUGUAUAUAUAUAUAUAUAUAUAUAUAUAUAUAUAUAUAUAUAUAUAUAUAUAUAUAUAUAUAUAUAUAUAUAUAUAUAUAUAUAUAUAUAUAUAUAUAUAUAUAUAUAUAUAUAUAUAUAUAUAUAUAUAUAUAUAUAUAUAUAUAUAUAUAUGACACCACUGAUGUUACAUACAUGUACAUACAAGAUGGGAUCAUUAAGUUUUCACCGUCACAACAUUACUUUUUUUUUAUUUUUCGUUUGUAUGUUUACUUAUUCAUGUAUUUGUUUAUUUGAUGUUAUUUAUACAUUUAUUAGUUUCCCUUCGGCGCCUUGGCUGUCUGCAGCGUCAAGGACAAGGAGCAGCACUGCCCGCCACGCGCCGCCACCACAAUGCCGCGGUGGUGCAGGACGCCUGGCCUCAGACACCAGUGUAGUGACUGGAUGCUGGUGACGCCCCGUGAUCGUGAUAGCCAGGAUUUUAUGUAAAAGGAAUGUGUCACAGGUUUGAUAAAAGUGUACAUAAAGCAUUACAAGAGCAGGGCGGUGAGUGGUGCACGCAGGGGCAGGAGAGGCAAGCCAGCAAUAGUCUCCCCAGUGAAUGAUCCAAUUCAUUUCCGCGUCACGCAGCGCCGGUCCUAUUUUUCUAUUUCAAAUAUGGAUAAAACUGAUAGUGUGUGUUUUGUGUCGCCGUCGACUGAGUGAAAUUGAACACACAAUGGCUUCACGCACGAAAACAAGCCAUGACAUGGAUAACAGUGAGUCGUGAAAUAGAUAAGGAGUGACGCUACCCACGCUAAAUGAAUUUAGACACACACAUACAGACAUAGACAGAUUGCCUAUGCUCUCGAGAAUACUGCCGCGGAUCAGUGAAAAAAUGAAUAAAUAGAUAAAUAAAUAACAGCUGUCCAGGAAUGAUAGCGGGAAAUUAAGUGUACUAAACCUUUAUAAAUGUGAAAAGAAAACGGGCAUGACAGCCACGUGUUUCUCCUCCGUGUGUUCAGUGCGGCGUCCCCCGGCAGGACAGACACCGCCGGGGAAAGAGGUGCGGACGAAAUAAAAACCUUGCUCUACUUUCCCUUCUUGAGCCUCAGUAGUUUUGAGACGGGACAAAAAGAAACAGGGCAAUUUCAGGAAGACUUGUACAUAAUAUUUGUGUGGAGGUAAAAAUAACUCAUUGAUGUACAAUAAAAAAAAAAAAAAGAAGCAAAGGAUGGGAAUGUAAACUGUUUAAAAACUACGUGAAAGAAUUAUUUAUAUGAUGUGUGUUAUGGUGGUUCCUUUAAGUUUAUGAGAGAAUUGUAAUAACAUCUUUGCUUUUCGACAUCAUAGUGAUUUAUAGAUGUUACUUUUAAAAGAGUGUCCUGUAUUGUAUUCACGCUGUUAUGUUUUAUUAUACAGUAUAAAUACAUUGCGUUACGUAGACAUUACCAAGCCCAUGUUAUGAUUAAGAUCAGUGUCAUAUAUAUAAUUUCAUCAACAUGUACUAAUGUAUAAACUACGAAAAAAAGACUGUUUGUAUGUGUCGUCACUGGACUCAUCUUAUGUCAUUGAAUUUUUAUCAGAACUUUGAUAAUCGACAGCUUGUGGAUCAAGAAAACAAUAAAAGCAGAUCUUACA